UGUGCCGAUCAGAGAUCCACUGAUCUAUACAAAAUAGCCAUCUCAAGGAUUGGCGAAGUAUGGCCUGGGUCUAAACUCGAGGUAAUUUCAAGGGAUGACAUCCCUAGUUUACCAAGAGCUAGGGCCUGGUUACCAGCGGAGCCAUCAGACCCUAAACAAAUCCUUGAGAUGCUUCGGGUAUGCAAUCCAGAGCUUCCUACAUCGUCUUGGAAGGUCACAAAGCUGGACGAUCCCAAGGGCGAGUACCGAAGCGCUACUUUCGUAGUCUGCAAGGACUCGGCGGACGCACUGGCGCGAUCGGACGGUGUAGUAAGCUAUGGGUUUUCGUCCAUAACUCUGAGGGUCUACAACAAGGACAAGGCGCCUAACUUAAAGGACCCGGUUGGAGCUGAGAUAGGCCCCACGGCGGAAUCUGGCUCCGGUCCUAACACUGCUACAGCGCUACGGAAGGCAUCUACUGACGGCAGUAUCUCUUCCUUGUUAGAUAGAGUACUUGAUACUACUCUCACUGAUGAGGAAGAGCUACUGGCGUCAGAUUCAGAUGAGCCCAACAAAACGGUGGUGGAGAGGAAGCCCAGUAACCAUGAUGUUACGGGUUCUUCAGAUUAACCUUCACCACUCAAAGGUUGCGUCCGCCAACCUCAUAAUCCACCUGGCCAAAGGUGGACAUCAUAUUGUCCUGAUUCAAGAACCAUGGGUAUCACAUGGACUUGUGUGCGGACUAAGGACUCAACAAUAUAAACUGAUGUAUGCUCGCAACAAAGCGACACCGAUCAAUUGACCAUUAGCCUGGAGUCGGGAAAUGAAC